CACGCUCACUACGUUUCGGUUCGCCCGCCAAGGCAGUUGCUCUCCUUUGAAAAUUGUAUUCAGUGCGUUUUUCCGUGCAGUGUACUCCAAUCAGAAUCAGACCCACCAAAGCACAAGUCAUCGGUCAAAAAAUGGCAUUUAAGGCCUAAUAAAAACCAGGCCGAGAGCAAAAACUGAAAAUCAAUAAACACAAAGCCAGGCUGGGCGAGAGCACGUAACAAAGUCAAAUGCGGCAACAACAAGUGAGCAAGUUAAAGAACCUUUGCGAUUUGUGAACGCUGCAAAAUACUCGACGCGAACAACAAAAAAGAACACUUAUUUACACCCCGAGGAGGAGAAGACGCGGUGGAAGAGCCCAGAAACCCAAAACCCUAACCCAAAAUAAGGAAAGCACAGAAAUAAUAAUAAUGUCGGAGAACAGCGACAACAACGGGGAUCGGGAUGCCCAGCAGCAGGCAGGUGGCGCCGAAGGUGAGGCCAUGGGCGAGAACAAGAUGAAGUCCCGCCUCCGCAAAGGAGCCCUCAAAAAGAAGAACGUCUUCAAUGUCAAGGAUCACUGCUUCAUUGCCCGAUUCUUCAAGCAGCCCACCUUUUGCUCCCACUGCAAGGACUUUAUUUGCGGUUAUCAGUCGGGAUAUGCAUGGAUGGGCUUCGGGAAGCAAGGAUUCCAGUGCCAAGUUUGCUCCUAUGUGGUGCACAAGCGAUGCCACGAGUACGUCACCUUCAUCUGUCCGGGCAAGGAUAAAGGCAUCGACUCGGCGCAUCAAAUGCCCCACAAAUGGCAGAAUGUCGCCUUCCUGUCGCCGAUGUUUUGCGAUCACUGUGGGUCUCUUUUGCACGGCAUCACGCACAAGGGUCUCAAGUGUCGAGCAUGUGACAUGAACGUUCAUGCCCGCUGCAAGGAGAAUGUGCCCAGUCUUUGCGGAUGCGAUCACACGGAGCGGCGUGGCCGCAUUAAUCUGGAGAUCAAUGUCAAGGAGAAUCUCUUAACAGUCCAGAUCAAGGAGGGUCGCAAUCUCAUACCCAUGGACCCCAACGGACUAAGUGAUCCCUAUGUGAAAGUCAAGCUGAUUCCAGAUGACAAGGAUCAGUCGAAGAAGAAGACUCGCACCAUCAAGGCUUGCCUGAAUCCUGUUUGGAAUGAGACCAUCAGCUAUGAUCUCAAGCCCGAGGACAAGGAUCGACGCAUCCUGAUAGUUUGGGACUGGGACCGCACCUCGCGCAAUGACUUCAUGGGCGCCUUAUCCUUUGGCAUUUCGGAGAUCAUCAAGAACCCCACCAACGGCUGGUUCAAGCUGCUCACUCAGGAGGAGGGCGAAUACUACAAUGUGCCAUGUGCGGAUGACCAGCAGGAUCUGCUGAAGCUCAAGCAGAAGCCGUCGCAAAAGAAGCCGCUGGUGAUGCGCAGCGACACCAAUACGCACUCCUCGUCCAAAAAGGACAUGAUCCGGGCCACGGACUUUAAUUUCAUUAAAGUUCUGGGAAAGGGUUCAUUUGGCAAGGUCUUACUUGCCGAGCGUAAGGGCAGCGAAGAGCUGUAUGCCAUCAAGAUACUCAAGAAGGAUGUAAUCAUCCAGGACGACGAUGUCGAAUGCACCAUGAUCGAAAAACGAGUCCUGGCACUGGGCGAAAAGCCACCUUUCCUGGUCCAAUUGCACUCCUGCUUUCAGACUAUGGACCGUUUGUUCUUUGUGAUGGAGUAUGUGAAUGGCGGUGAUUUGAUGUUCCAAAUCCAACAGUUUGGCAAGUUCAAGGAACCAGUGGCUGUAUUCUAUGCCGCUGAAAUAGCCGCAGGACUUUUCUUCCUGCACAGCAAGGGUAUCCUGUAUCGGGAUCUCAAGCUGGAUAACGUCCUGCUGGAUGCGGAUGGCCAUGUGAAGAUAGCGGACUUUGGCAUGUGCAAGGAAAAUAUUGUAGGUGACAAGACCACAAAGACCUUCUGCGGCACCCCGGACUACAUAGCUCCUGAGAUCAUUCUGUAUCAACCUUAUGGCAAAUCGGUGGACUGGUGGGCCUAUGGAGUCUUGCUUUACGAAAUGUUAGUGGGCCAGCCGCCAUUCGAUGGCGAGGAUGAGGAGGAGCUAUUUGCAGCCAUCACCGAUCACAAUGUAUCCUAUCCGAAGAGCCUGAGCAAGGAGGCCAAAGAGGCCUGCAAGGGCUUCCUAACCAAGCAGCCAAAUAAGCGUUUGGGCUGCGGUUCCUCUGGCGAGGAGGAUGUGCGUUUGCAUCCCUUCUUCCGGCGCAUCGAUUGGGAGAAAAUAGAAAACCGCGAAGUCCAGCCUCCAUUUAAACCGAAGAUUAAACACCGCAAGGAUGUGUCCAAUUUUGACAAACAGUUCACAUCAGAGAAAACAGACUUGACGCCCACGGACAAGGUGUUCAUGAUGAACCUGGAUCAGUCGGAAUUCGUUGGCUUCUCCUACAUGAAUUCCGAAUAUGUUUUUGGUCCAUAGAUCUUUUAAUCGGAUCUAGUUUCCAUGCUGCGAGUUGUGUCCUUUUAGUCUAUUUUGAUAUUGAUUACUAACUACUUUGCAAUGCGAAAAAGACAUCUUGUUAUGUAUACAAUUAGCCUUUGUUGUUAAGUUUUCUGUUUGAUUUUUGCAUAUUACUUGUAUCUAUGUAUGUAUAUUUAUUGAAUUGUUAAGUUUUGAGUUAAUUGUAAGUGCUAGAAACUGUGAAACAGAACCUUAGUUGUGGAUCAUUCGAAUACUGUUCAAGGAUCAAGUCUCACCCACCACUCACCUCAAGCCAAAGGAAAGCAAUAAAAUCAUCAUUUCAAAGUAACCAUAGCGAAUAAUUGCAUAGUCUGCGUAGAACUCUGAUCGAUGCUGUCUUUCCACAAUAUAUUAACUUCAGCAAGCUUUAAACAAUUGCAUUUUCCAUUUCUCCCAUUUUCCAUUUCCAUUUUCCAUUUGGAAGUUAACUUUUUAGCCAACAUCUGAGUGUCUUUUGUGUAGAAAAUUAAUCGACUUUAAUAGUUAAAUGUGGCGGGAAAGUUGACAAGACUUCCCCUAGGAAAGGAUAAGGAAGGAUUUAGGAGUUUUUUGGGCCAGGUUCAAACGUCAUUCGAUUGUAGUGCUAGCCCCGGCAUUAUAAUCAAAUCGAAAACGCGUUUAGGUGAGUUCGCCGAUGAGGGAGACAUUAAUAAGCUUAGCAGAUCACUUAAUUCUCGGUUAAUCGUAUUCAAUACUUAGGCAGAAAAAGAUAUCAUAGAACGAGUGUUUUUUAAAUUCCAUAAAAAUUAAAUAUAUAUAUAUACAUAUAUGUGG